GGUACUAUCAUUUCCCGCUAAAUUUAUUAAUUUUUAUCUUUAUUAUAGUUCUGUACGUUUUGAUAGGCACCUUGCCGAGUUGCAAGUAGCAAAAUCCAAUUAAAUGGUUCAUGAUACAUUAUUCUUUAAUUCUUUAUUAUAUAAUUCAUAUUAUAUUAUGUGCUGAAAUUGUAAAUUAGAAUUUUUUUAUUUUUAGAUUAAGACAUAAGUGAAAUCCCGCUGGUGUCAGAAUGAAUAAAAAAGUGGACCAGAAAAAUAAGCCAUUAAGUACUACACAAAAAAAACAUAGACCUCUAAGUGUUCUUACACAAGGUAGUAUUCCAAACCGAUAUGGCAGUAAUUCAAAUUUAAAUAACAUUAUUAGUACACCAAAUAAUAAUACACCGAAAAAUGUGAAUCACCGAUCCAAAAGUAAUUUAACAAUGAAAGAUAAUGGCACUGUUAGUCGACUCAAAAAUUUUAGUUCAAAUGUUACCUUAGAAAGAAAUGGUAGUAUGCCAAAUUUAAAUGCAACUGGUAAUAGAUUACAAUUAGACAAAACUACCAAGCUAAGAUUUGCAUAUGACAAAUAUCUCAGCAGUUUAGAAACAAAAUAUGUGUUUCAGAUGAUAGAAAAAAAUAUAUCUUCAAAUAUUAAUAAACAAAAAAAGGUUUUUAGAGAUGAAUUUGAUACUCUCAAAAAUCAAUUAGUUACUUUAAGUAAAGAGUUGGAAUCAAUAAAUGGAUUAAAAAUUGAAAAAAAAUUAAUUGAUCAAAAAUUUGAAGUACUUGAAAUGCUCAAUAAAGCUCUUGUAUUUAAUGAUGCAGAUGAAGAAAUUAUGACGUUAUAUUCUAGUACGGCAUCCAAAGUUGUGGUAAAGAAUUUUAAACAAAUGGAUGAAGAUGAUUUAAAUGCUGUUAAGAUUCUGUUGAACGAAAUUAUAGAACCAUUGAAACUACUUGAUUAUGAAAAUAAAAUUAAUACACGUAUUCAAUUAAAAGAUUCACUGAUUAAAGUAGCAAUGUUAACUAAAGAAUUAGAUAUAUUAAAAUUGAAGUGUGAAGAGCUAUUUGAUGAACAAGAUAGUUUGCUAAAUUAUAACAAAUCAUAUAAAAUAUUAAAAGAUCAAUUUGGAGAAAAUCCAGACACAAAUUUACUGCCAACAAAAAGUAACUUAGUGGAAGAAGUUGAAAAUGUAUUAAAUGAAAUAGAAUGGUAAAUUUAUAUAUUUAUAUUUGUACUAACAUUUUUACUAAAGAUCUAAAAUUAAAAUAUUAAAUUUUUAUUUAAGUUUAAAAAAGAAAAAUGAUUCUAUUAAAUAAUUGAAUUACUUCAAUUUAUUAUUCAUAGAUUUGAAUAAUAAACUAUAUAUUUAUACUAUUUAAAUUAUCUUGUUAUUGAUAAUAAAAAUGUGUAAUCAAAUAGUAUAUAAAAUUUACUUUUAAUUAUGUUAUACUUACUUAAUUACUACAGAGACAUGAUAAUGAGUUGUCUUUUUUACAUGUUCCGUGUUGCUAUGUUUUAUUAAUAUCUAUUACUUGUAAGCUAAUAUUUAAAAUGUAAUCAUAUAAUCACCAUUUAGCAUUUAUAAAUAAAUAAUACAUAUUAUUUUAUUAAAACUUAAAACAAGCUAUUUUGUAGUCACAAUUGCUGUUUUUUUGUUAAAAUUAAUUUAAGUAAUUGUUUGUCUAGCUCAGUGGUGGGCAAACUUUAUUAAUGGGGAGCCACAAAGUUUAAGAAAUUCUAGAAGAGGGCCAGAAUUUUAGUAAAAAUGCAUUUUGUGUUAAAGCUUUGAAUAAUAUAAUACUAUACUUUUAUACUAUAUAGGUCAUAUACCAUCCAUAUUGAUGGACCCUUGGCGGGCCGGAUUAAAUACUUUCGCGGGCUGUACUUUGCCCAUCACUGGUCUAGCACUAAUAUAAUUUUGCCUCAAUCUGUGACACAGAUUAGUGAUGUGAGUAGAGAUUAUUCUCGGUAAUGAAAAUAUUUUGAUUAUACAAGAUAACUGGAAAGAGUUUUCUCAGUCCUACUGAGAAAAAAAAAUUUUAGUUAAAAUAUCUAAUUUAUAGUACAAAAAUGUAAUAGUAGUGGGUUGAUAAAUAAAUAUGUACGUCAUUUCCGUUAAUUUAAUAAAUGUAUUUUAGUUAAAUUACCAUAAUUAAUUUAAUAUAAAAAUUAACAUAAAAUAUUUAAAUAUUUAGGCUAAAUUAAUAAUAAAAAACAAUAAUACAGAAUAUUAUUUUAUAAUAUAAACGCCAGUAUGCCACAAAGACAAUUACCAUCAUUUCACAUCAUUGGGCAUAGCCAUAAAUCAAAACUGGUGGUAAACUAAUAACUGGUAUGUGGUAAUAAAUCUAAUAUGAUUAUUUAGGGUAAACUUUGAUCAAAAAUUAACAUACAUUAUUUUGUAUUGAUACAAUAUAAUAACUUGUUACUUUUACUAAUAUUUUUACGUGAAUUUAUGGACCUUGUAUUGACGUCAAUACAGGAAAUUGGAGAAAAUGUUCUAAUGAAAAACUAAUGAACUUGAAUCAAUGAACAAGUAUAAUAAAAGAAACUAUUAUAUAUUAUUAUAUCCAUACAUAUGAAUGGUCACUGAGGAAGAUCCGUUUUAGAAGACCAUUAAGUAGACCACGCUUAAGACAGAAUAAAAAAGAAAGUAGAAGCAGAACCAAACAAACUAAAGAGAGGUGGCGUAAAUUUGUUUAAAGGGCUGGUCUUAAAUAUCAAAACCCACUACUUGGAUUCUAAACGCCCCAGUCAAUUUAUUGAUUUUUCAAUUACAUAAAUCCAUUAUUUUUUAGUGUCAGUUGUUGCCUUUUAGAAAAUAAAAAAUUAUUUUAAUAGUUGAA